AUGGGCAAAUCUAAGAAAGUUUCGGAUUCAGACGCCCCUCCUGCCACCACAGACGAGAUCCACGCUCUUUUUCAAGGAGGAGAUUCCACCUGGGAGAGUGCUCUCAAGAGACACCUGGGUGGUAUUUACAACAACUAUACGAUCAGAAAUCUCGCCGACACUGUCUGCCAGGAUUCUGGCGAAGUAUCUAAAGAGAUUGGCGAGAUAGCAGCUCUUCUCGUAGGGGAGGGAAAGUAUUGUCUCACUUAUUACCUCGCUCCUGAAAUACAACAGCGACAUACGCGGCGACAGAACUUAAUUUGUUCCAACUUCUUCACGGAGCGUGAAGAAGACCUUGGCCGUGACGAUACCAUUGACAUGUACAAGGCAUUCAUCCCAUGGGCGGGACCAAGGGAUCUGGUGAACGUGGCAAUGGUUCCGAGUGGCCUUACUGCGAUGAGGGAAAUAUUGGCCGAGUCUCCUGACCACCGCCAAGAUGUUCACGAACCUACCUCUCGCAACUUCUACGACUUAUCCACAUUUGGGGGAUCUCUGGAACGGUCAGUCAAGGACAAAAUCGAAGGCGACAAUAUGCGAUGGUGGUACCGGCAGCCAAUAAAGAAGCGCGUUGCAGUGGGUUUCGAGGGUAUGAUGAUGAAAGAAGAGGACAUGAAACCCUGGGAUGUCGUGAAUAUUGACGACAAAAAUUUAUUAACGAGGCUUCAGCAGAAGGAAGACCAGCUUGAGAAUGACUUCUGGAAACAACUUCAUGCAGCCAGGAAGCCGGUGAAAGCUAAGAAUGAGGGUGAGGAUGCCGACGAUGCUGCGACCCUAGUCGAUUUCUGA